CUUUGCGAACGGUUGACAGCGGACCCAGACACUGCGAAAGAGACAGCCAGCGAGCGAGUGAAAGAGAGAGCAACAAGUUUGCCAGUGGAAAUUUUAGUAACGAAAUGCAGUGAAUACCAGUCAAGUGAAUGCACAGCACAGCAAACAGGCUGAAGAGAGCUCGGAACCGAAAUAUAGACUCGAAGCAAUUUAAAGCUCAUUAUGAACACAAAGGCAGGCGCAGUGAAACAAACGAAAAACACUAAAUCCAGCAUCAGCAGCCAAAGCAACUCUGAGUGAAUCUGAAUCUAGUUUAACAUUUUGAAAAGUCAAAACCAAAACAGCAACAAGUGAAAGAGCCAGACAGAGACGGCCAGAGCGGGAGGUGCGCAGCGGGCCGCCAGCGAGAACGAGAUAGCGGAGACUUUCGCAGCUACAACAUUGAUUUUUGCAUGCGCACGCCAACCCGAUCCAGAUACAGUACCACCAACUAUCCGCCACCAUCCAGGGUAUCUAACUGGGCCUGAGAAGCGAGUAUCUGCCAAAUACCACUUACCAUUGUCUUUAAUAAGGCUUCGAAAUGGAGUAUGAGAAAAUGCUGUACAUGCCCAGUGGCAGUGAGAUGCCGCACAGUCCGCAGCUGAAGCCACACCAGUUCCAGGCCCAGACGCCUCCGGACCAGUACUCAGCCUUUGCGGAUAACUUUGACCUGUCGCUUCUGCCGCAGGAAUCUGCCCCCGCCCCCAUUCCCACCACUGUCUUCCAGUACAACGCUCCCCAGAUCAAGGUCGAGUGCGCCUGGGAGAGCCAGAAUCAGCAGCAGCAGCAACAACAGCCUUAUCCCAGAUCCACCCACCGGUUGAUUCCGCCGCCCGCCUAUCCGCAUAGUGCGUAUCCCUCACCGCAGUCGAGUCCGCUGCAGUCGGAGUUCGCCGCCUACGGAUUCGGCAGAUUAGGCGGCAGCUACGACAGCCUGAGCAGCCCCUCGCCCUCCCUGGAGGCGGCCAGCAUCAAGCAGGAGCUACACAUCUUGCCACCUUCGCCACCCGAGUCCAAUUGCGAGACUCCCUCGCCGCGUUCCGCCUGCGGGGAGAGCAUCAAGGCCGAGCCCUUCGACGCGGACAUCGAGAGCCUGAUUGACCUGAACUCGCUGCUGCAGCAGCAGAGCCUCCAGAGCGGGCAGCCGAAUCUCCCGGACACCAAGCCCGACCAUCAGCUGCUGCGCGAGUGCCUGGAGGACACCAGCUUCCAGAAGCGGCACAACCUGAAGCCGCUGGCUCUGGAAUCUUUCAUUGGCGGCUUGGCCGAGGUGCGCGGGGACUUUGAGCCAGUCAUUUCGCUGGCGCUGGAGCAUGCCAAGCGGGAGGCGGACGCCAUCUGCGCGGAGCUGCAGAUAUCGCAGGAUCCGAAUGGCUGGUCGCCCGCCCAAGUACACGCAUGGCUUCGGUCCACCUUGGCCCAGUUUCGACUGCCGCCGGUGGCCGACUUGGAGCUGCAGUUCUGCGAAGACGGCGCCGCAUUGACAUUACUCAGCGAGGAGGAAUUCGUGCGCCGAUUGCCUGAGAGCGGCAGCACACUGCACGCCCAGCUCGAGAUAUGGAAGAUGGCCUACGCUGACCAGCCCGGACACCAGCAGCAGUCCGAUCUUUGGCCAGCCAGCUAUGCGAUGCCCAAUUUGGAUCUGGACUAUAACGAGGACAGCGAAGAUGAAGAGGACAUGGAUGCGGAGGCAGUAGUGACACCUCUGAGCAGCAGCUUCACCUCCACGCCCACGGCCACACCCACUUCUGGCGCGGCACCGACAGCUAAGCGCUCGAACGGCGGACGCACCGGUGGAGGCGGUGGCUCGCACAUCCACUUGUGGCAGUUCCUUAAAGAACUGCUGGCCUCGCCGCAGGUGAACGGCACGGCCAUAAGAUGGAUUGACCGCAGCAAGGGCAUCUUCAAGAUCGAGGACUCGGUGAGGGUGGCCAAGCUGUGGGGCCGACGUAAGAACCGGCCGGCGAUGAACUACGACAAGUUGUCCCGCUCCAUCCGGCAGUACUACAAGAAGGGCAUCAUGAAGAAGACGGAAAGGUCGCAGCGCCUGGUGUACCAGUUCUGCCACCCCUACAGCCAGUAGGUGUCGCAAAGACCCUUAUUUAAGGCUAGUUGUAAGUGGAGGACCCCACACCAGACACCUGACACCUGACCCACCUGACCCCGAUCCGCUGACUAUGCCCGGCUAGCCUUGUGGGCCUAGCGGGUUCUAGUUGCCGCUCCUCUUGUACAUACUCCCGACUCCCACACGCAAUCUUGUUAGGCACGAAGGUAAGUUCGUGCAGCGAUUAAGUUUGGCUCUAGUGUAAGGCUCAAACCCGCGCCCACUGGCGAAGGUAAGUUCGCCUGGGCAGGGUUUUAAGUGACCCCCAUUUCACCGCGACCGAUCGUAGAUCCGACCCUGAUCCCGCCCUGCAGCUGGUCAAGCGGCUGCUCAGAGCAUGUUUGACUUACCGGCGACAUCUUUAUUCAACUGCUGCCUGUCCCUGCGCAGGAUGGCUCUCCGGGACGACCGUGUCCUGGCCAUCUUUCGGUGGCUGAAGCGGAGGAGCAAGCUCUGGAUCUGUUGGCCCGCCAUUAGUAGUCCGAGGCGAAAUUGGCAAUGAAGGGCGCAGCAUCCAGAGAACUCCGCCGCUCAGGGAGCAUCCUGCGCUGGCAGCAUGAAGGUGUUGAGGUAAUUUUAGGAACCAUAUAUCUAUGAUAUAUCAAAAGUAAGUUCUAUGAACAACUUAAUAAGCGAACAAUUGUUAAUAGUAGUGUUAAGGACCCUCGAUUAGCCCUAGGUUUCCUUGAAAGUUUUUUCUCUUCCGCAAAGGCGCAACCAAGUUAAAAACCUUUCGACCUCGUCCGAUUUGCGUUUUGUCAAUCGAUGUCAAUUAUUUAUUCUGUACCGGGUGGUGGUUCGAUUUAGACAUAGUUUGUUUCAUUUUGUUUUAUUAUUCGAUUAUUCGCAAUUAGCAUAAUUCGCGCAUAAUGUUCUCUCUAGCUUCGAGUAUGUGACGGGUAGGGAGUUUAAGUUAAUUUUAAUAUUUAUUCGCUGGCCCGAGUCAGCCGAGCGCUGAAUUAUGGAAAGUCAAUUAUUGUGCUUCUAUUUGCAUUAACUAAUUGAAUUAUGCAACGGCCAAUUGGCUGCUUGGCUUAUUUGUUAACCAAAUAGAACAGAUACCGUUUAUGAAAAUAUAUUUAUACGCAUAUUCCCACAUAUAAUUAGGACAUUGCCUGCCUGGCAGCUAGAUUUAUGCACUUUACACUUUUUACGAUACACCAAUUAUUUAUUUAUUUAUUCAACUAACAUAUUGUCAUGCUACACUAUCCGAUAAUAAUAAAAAUCACGGCAAAAAACAAGGCAAA